UCCGGGUCUGGUUAGCAACCCCGAAGGCCAGACGAGGAGAAAACGCAUCACUGUCUAGACUUACAGGUGCCUAAUUUAGCUUACUCCCUCAGCUUUGAGAAAACUAGUCGCAGUGAGUGUGGAAAUAGGGUGCCGCUCUCUAAAACAUGCUAUAAAAGCGGGAGGACCUAGACUGGAAGUCGCAAGCGGCAAUAUCCUUCCGCGAGCUCCCAGAAUGGAGUCCUGGUCCUUUUAGACCAGCUGCCAAGGGGUGGGGUGUAGAGCGGAAGUUAUGGCGCAGGGCCGAAGUCUGGCUGAUGAAGGGCGGAAGUAGAGUUCCAAAUCUGCAAUCAUGGCUCAAGAAGAGGAAGAUGUUAGAGAUUACAAUUUGACGGAGGAGCAGAAGGCGAUCAAGGACAAGUAUCCUCCAGUCAAUCGAAAGUAUGAAUAUUUGGAUCAUACGGCUGAUGUCCAGUUACAUGCAUGGGGAGACACCCUGGAGGAAGCAUUUGAACAAUGCGCCAUGGCCAUGUUUGGUUACAUGACAGACACUGGGACUGUGGAGCCCCUCCAAACAGUGGAAGUGGAAACCCAAGGAGACGACUUGCAGUCUCUGCUGUUUCACUUUUUGGACGAGUGGCUUUACAGGUUCAGUGCCGAUGAAUACUUCAUACCCCGGGAAGUGAAAGUACUUAAUAUUGACCAAAAAAAUUUCAAGUUACGAUCCAUUGGGUGGGGAGAAGAAUUUUCACUGUCUAAGCACCCUCAGGGAACUGAGGUCAAAGCAAUAACAUACUCAGCAAUGCAAGUCUACAAUGAAGAGAAGCCAGAAGUGUUUGUGAUCAUCGACAUUUAAGAUACCAAAAAAAAGGAAAGACUCUUGUGAAGAACUGAUUCGUUUUCUUCCUUUUGAGAGGAUAUGAUGAUUCAUUUUCUAUAGUGUCUUUGCUAAAUGAAAAUACAGAACUGGGAAUUUAAAGGGUGAUUUUCGGAAAUGGAAAACCAGUGUGUAGCCUUGGUCUGUGAUUCCUAGAGGAUGUAUUCUUCGGUUCUGAGGAGCAGUCUUGCACUUGGUCCAUGAGCAAUAGCCGCGGCCGCCUUAAAUCCUCCGCUGCAAUGCAAGCGCUCCAGUGUGGUCUCUCUGAAGGGACUGCCCGCGGGUGUAAGCAACCCUGUGCCUAUGAUCUCAACACUCAGGAUCCUGAGUUCAAGGCCAUCUUUGGCUGUAGAAUGAGUUCAGAGCUAGCCUGGGCAACUGAACAUGGUCCUGUCUCCAAAAAGUCAACUGGAGAGCAAAGAGCAUGCUCACCACGUGGGCUGAGGUCAUGGCUUAUGUUGCUAGGGGACAGAGCCAUCCUCCGCUCUAGCUGGUUCUGAGCAGAGCCCUCUAGAAGACUUAGAAGACUCCUGAUUUUUUCUCUCUUCUUUUUAAGGAGCAAUGAUACUUAAUAUUUUCUUAGAAUAAAUAUCUGACAUUGUGCCUUACAUAUAGACCUUUCUGACAUGUAAUUUUAUUUUGCUUUUUUGUUUGUUUGUUUGUUUUUCAAGAUAAAGUUUCUCUCAGUAUAACAGAGCCCUGGCUUUCCUGGACUCAAUUUGUAGACCAGGCUGGCCUUGAACUCAUAGUGCCUUCCUCUUCCUUCUGAGUACUAGGAUUAUUAAAGGUGUGCCCAGCACGAUGUGGUUUUA